AUGACUCCAAAAUCAAAAAAGGCAAGAUUAUCACGUGCAACUCGUGCUGGUAUCAUUUUUCCAGUAUCACGUAUACAUCGUCAACUUCGAUCACUUCCAAGUGCUCCGAAACGAAUAACACAAGGUGCAUCCGUUUAUUUAUCAGCUGUCAUUGAAUACCUUGUUGCUGAAUUACUUGAAUUAAGUGGUAAUGCUGCACGUGAUUGUCGUCGUACUCGUAUUAUACCAAGACAUAUUUUACUUGCUUAUGCUAAUGAUUAUGAAUUAAAUCGAUUACUUAGUAAUUGUAUAUUGCCUGAUAGUGGAGUACUUCCGAAUAUUCAUCUUGCUCUUUUUUCUAAAAUUACUGGUAAAAUUCAAAAUAAAUCAUCAAUAUCACGAGGAACAAAAAAAAAUGUAUCAUCCACUGGUAAUACUGCUAAGACAAGUUUACAUAAACCGACUUUAAAGAAAAAAGGUCAAGGAAGUUUUAAUGUAUUGGGUACACCAUCAUCAAAGGCUGCUGCACUUAAAGGUACUGCAGUAACAACACUUUCUGAACGUGUUCUUAUUCGUGGACAAAAAUUAACUGUUGUUCAAGGAAGUAUUGUUAAUAUUAAAGCUGAUGCUAUUGUUCUUCCAACAAAUGAUUCAUUUUAUAUGGGUGGUGAAGUUGGUAAUGCUUUGGCUAAAGCAGGAGGACAACAACUUCGAGAUGCUGUAGCUCAAGCAGCUAAAAAUGCAACAAUACCAAAUGCGGGUGAUGUGGCUAUAAGUAAUGCACCAAAUUUAUCUGCUUCACAUUUAAUUCCUGUUCAUUCACCAAAAUGGAAUGCUGCUCAACAAGAUGAAUCCAUUGGAGAACUUGAUAAAGCCACUUUAAAUAUUUUAACUUUAGCUGAUCAACAAGGUCUUACAUCAGUAGCUUUACCAAGUAUUAGUAGUGGACGUGCUGGUUUUCCAAAACAAACGGCUGCACAAACAAUUCUUGCUGCUUUAUCAAAAUAUUUUCGACAAACAGCAACAACAAAUAUUCAACAAGUAUUUUUUGUUUUAUACGAUGCUGAAAGUGUUAAUGUUUAUACAACUGAAUUGCAACGUAUGGUUGAAUGA